AUGGUAUUUCGCCUCUCUGAUAUGCCACAAGAAGAAAAAGAAGGAGACACUGCUAAAGAUAUGCCCCCAAAACGAAAAUCACUGUCCGAGUUGUUACUUCCCAUCGACACCUGCAAAGUGAACCAAAUGAGUGGUACAGAUUUGGCGUAUAUUGGAGAUGUCGUCUUUGAACUAUUCAUUCGAUCACGGCAUGUUUGGCCCUCCAAACGAACUUCCGAUCUCCAAAAUACAGUGGUGGCGAUUGUGCGGGCCGAACAUCAAUCGCACCUCCUGAAACAACUCCACGACGACUUUGGUUUGAGCGAUAAGGAAAAGCAGGUUCUCAUGCGGGGACGAAAUGCAGUGGCACGUAGGAAUAAUCGUCGAAAUCCAGCGGCCUAUCAGGAUUCCACAUCCUUUGAAGCUCUUCUGGGGUACCUUUACAUUGAGGAUCAAGACAGAUGUUGUGACCUAUUGAAUUGGCUAGAAUCGGUUGUCGAUAAUUCAGAAUAG